AUGUUCUUCAACCACACCCGAUGGCCGCCAUCGUCUGCAGUUGCUCCGCGGCUUGAUCCGCUUCUUCCGCUCGAGGAGGAAAAGACACCAUACUAUGAUCCUAGUCUAUUCUAUCCAGCCCGACUCGGCCAAGUGCUGAACGAAAGAUACCAAAUUGCCACCAAGGUCGGCUACGGGUCCAGUUCAACAGUCUGCUGGCGUUGGACGAGAGAGCGGUACGUCGCCGUCAAGAUAAGCGCUGUGACGCGCAAAUCCUUCCGCGAUGAAGCUGAAAACGAACUUGCGAUCAUGAAGCAUAUUUCUCGACAAAACACUAGACACCAGGGCUGGAAUUUCGUUCGGAAGCUAUUGGACUCUUUUACCAUUGACGGCACGUCUGGUCGUCACCUGUGUCUCGUUUUUGAACCCCUACGAGAGCCGUUGUGGCUCUACUGUCGUAGGUAUCAGGGGGAUGUGAUACCCCCGGAUAUCCUCAAGGUUAUUGUGCAAAUGAUUCUACAUGGCCUGGACUACUUGCAUUCAGAAUGCCAUGUCAUUCAUACUGAUUUGAAGCCGGAUAAUGUGUUGGUCAAGAUUGAAGAUUCGACUAUCCUGGAAAGUGAUGCCCGGGACGAGUACUGCCACCCGUUGCCUCAAAAGGUCACUGAUGAACGAACUAUCUAUCUAUCGCGAAACAAUUAUGGCCAGUUUCAGCGACCCGCUGGACUAAUCCAAAUAUGCGAUUUUGGUCUUUCUGUGUCUGGUAAAACACAGCAUACCGGGUGCAUUCAAGCGGAAGCCUAUCGCGCCCCAGAAGUCAUUCUUGAUGCCGGCUAUACAUACAGCGCCGACAUAUGGAGCCUCGGUGUCAUGGUACGUUUUCGAAUUGAUCCGCGUCAGAUAUUCGGUUCUAUGCUAAAGUCCAUAUUCUUCAAGCUAUGGGACCUGCUUGAAGGUCAGAAACUAUUUCAUCCCGUUGAUUUGCACAAUGGUGAUGAGUAUAGCGACCUGGCCCAUCUAGCUCAGCUCACUGCGCUUUUAGGGCCACCACCAGAAGGUUUGCUCUCUUCUGGUAAACGAACGUCAAAGUUCUACGAGUCUCAAGAGCCUCUGGACAGGUACGAACCGGGAGGCUUUCAUCCCGUUCUGGUGGGCGACAGGAUACACAAUCGAUAUGACGUGGUCGACAAGUUGGGCCACGGCGGUUGGUCGAUCAUCUGGCUUGUUCACGACUCCCAAGAGCAGCGGUACCUUGCGCUGAAAGUGGGUAUUGCAGACUCUCUGCCGCGUGAGGUGCCGAUUCUUCGGGCUCUCGGUGCACGGCCGGAAGCUCCAGGGUUUGAAAACAUUCCGCAUUUGCUGGACGAGUUCACCGUCAGCGGCCCCAACGGCUCGCAUCCCUGCUACACUACUGCGCUUGCCCUCUGCGACCUGAGGAAGUGCUCAUUCGGCCAGCUAUUCCAUCUUGACGUUGCCCGUGCUAUGGCGUAUGAGCUGGUUCUCGCCGUCGCUUACGUCCAUUCACAAAACUUUGUUCACGGAGUCUCGCGUCGCGAUGGCCAACCCCUGACGCCGAAUGUGCCGGCAAUGGUUACAACACCACUGUACAUGGGAAAAGACUCGGAAGAUUUCUCAUUGCCGGAAGCACGAAUAGUCUUGAGCGACUUUGGAGAGGCAUACCAGCCGGACACGGACGUUCGUCUGGGCAAGGACUGCCAUACGCCGGUAGACUUCCGGCCCCCGGAGGCCCUUUUUGAACCCGAUGCACCGCUAUCCUUUUCUGCAGACAUCUGGAGCCUCGCGACCGCAAUAUGGGAUAUUAUAGGGAUGCAGGCUCUCUUCAGCAGCGCCUUCCGCUCAGAGGAAGAGGUCAUGUGCGAGAUUGUUGACAUCAUGGGGCCACUUCCUGAUAACUGGUACACGAUUUGGAAGCAUCGGGAUGAAUAUUUUGACCAGGAUGGACAACCGAAAGAAGGUCGCCAUGUUUGGCCAGGAAUAGAGCAAACCUUUCGAAACCGUGUCCAAAAGUAUCGCAGAGAGGCCGACAUGGUGGAGCUUUGUGCGGAGGAAGAGGCUGCGUUUCUGGACAUGAUGAAGGGAAUGCUGAAAUACAGUCCUGAGGAGCGCUACACCGCGCAGCAAGUUCUGGAAUGCGACUGGAUGGUGAAAUGGGCGUGUCGUGAUUACGAGCGUAGCCGGUGGCCAGAAUGA